AUGCAUAUGGUUGAGCCCGUCGUCAGGAUCAUUAUUCUUCGAUCGCCGUCGCCACGCAGCACAGACUUCGGGAGCCGGCGGCACCGGCGCGAUUGGCCGAAGGAUUGGGGCCAUGUCGCGAGGUUAGUUCGGCCGUUUUUCUGUACAUGUUUCCGCAGCCUUUGGCCCUUUUUGAGUGUUUGGCCCCUUUGUGCGUCUGGGGGACGAGAGCCGCGGCUUCUAUCGGGCGCAAUGGCUUGCGCUCAGGAGCAGAAGAGGCUGGACGGAGUGCUCCUGAAUCGUUUUCGUAUCAGCAUCUGCGAGGCCGAGGAUCUUCUUGCCCUCACAGGCUACGACAUCGUGUUGGUCGUGGACGACUCUGGCAGCAUGGGCCUUCCAAGUUCCUCAAAGGAGGGCGGCGGAAACCAGACGCGCUGGGAGGAGUUGCAGGAGACCUUGCAGCUCAUGAUCGAGGUUGCGUGCUGCCUAGACGCGGACGGGGUAGACGUUCAUUUCCUCAACAUGGGCACUCUCAGAAACGUGACCUCUGUGAACGACCCGUCGCUGCAGGCUGCCUUUGCGAGGGGCCCCAUGGGUGGCACCCCACUCACGGAGACCGUGCUCCGCGUGGCCGGAGAACCCUCUGGCAACAAGCCGCAGAUCAUGGUCAUUCUCACAGACGGCGUGCCGAAUGGCGGGCCACUCCGGUUCAAGCAGGCUGUGCAGUGGGCCAUCACCGAGAAGAACGUGCGUUUCCAGAUCAUGGCAUGCACCGACAACCAAGGGGAGAUUGCCUGGCUCAACCAAUUUGACCACGCUUUUGACCAAGUCGACGUGACGGACGACUACCACUCGGAGAGGAAGGAAGUACUCGGCGCCGGUCGCUGCCAGGCAUUCAGCCGCGGCGAUUGGAUCAUCAAGGCACUUCUGGGCCCCAUCGACUCACGCUUCGACUGGGCCGACGAGAAGCCCAAGGGACCCAACGGAUGCUGCUGCAUCUGCUAA